GGCUCCUCGCACCAUCAGCUCCAUUGCCAGCAAGAAGGAGUGUAUGGCCGGCUUACGCUACCGACAGCUGACGUCUGCCCUGCCUGACCUAGUGCAAGCCUUUAAGAAGCUUGCUGUCUGUCUCAUUCCUCGCGUCCACUCACUUCUCUCGCUCGAGCUCAGCCAGCACCAUGCUUUCUCUGUUGCUUGCCCUUGUCAUCCACUCGCUCACCCUACCGCACUCCGCUUCGGCUGCUCAUUCCAUAUGCUCAUGGCGUCCAUACACGCGAUCCCCAGCCUACUCCUCGCUGUACCUGUGGUGCUCUGCUGAGCUCACGAUUACGGAGGAAGGGCGAGGGGACUACAGAUGCAAGGUGAACACCGGCAUCAAGAUUGCAGACUUUGGUGGUCUGAGGCAAGGGGUAUUGGAAUGGGGUGAGGAAAGGUCAAUGUGGGGGACCGUAGUGCCGUGCCAGGAGCUGACCUUCUGCCGUCCUUCUGCUGGUCGCGCCGAGUAGGGACACCUUGUGGGUGAGUGCAGAUCUGCGUGGCAAAUUGCAGUGCAAGACGCUGACCUUCCCUCGUCGCGAAGUCACGGAGGCUACGGGCGCGACUAUCACUCGAUCUGUGUUUCGGAAUGGUGGGCGCUCUGCCUGGGAGACUCUUGCAAAGGCGAAUGCUUCUACAUGCA